CUCACGCCCCCGCGACACGCCGCGCGCCGAGCCGAGCGGUAGUAGGUGGGUGGCUCGCGCGGCCGCUCGGUUGGCCCGUUCCCACACCCCAAAACCAGGUCCUUUUCUACGGCUCCGUCCUCCGCUCCUCGCCCCACCCACCUCCCGAAACCAAACUCCCCUUCCCCUCCCUCCCAUACCAACGCAUUCCCAAGUCAAACCGAUCGAGGCACCGAGCGCAUGGAGGCCGCGGCGACCGCGCUCCCGUUCGCGGCGGCAGCGCCCGUGAGGAGUGCAGCGCGGGUGGCGGUGGGGUGCGCCGCUCGCCCUCGGCCACGGCGGGGGCGGGGGCGGGGGGCGUCCGUGGUGGCGAAGCUGGAGGGCGGGCUCGGGAAGGGGGUGCCCACCACCAACUACGUGGUGCCGCUCGACAAGGCCACCGGGAUGACGCGGCCGCUCGUGGAGAUCCUGCGGGACCUCAACAAGCGCGUCCCCGACAAGAUCAUCGACCCCGACACCAACACCGUCCCCUGGUAUCAUGCCAACAGAAUGCUUAGCUUUUACGCACCAGGUUGGUGCGGAGAAGUUCGUGAUGUUAUUUAUUCUGAAAAUGGAACUGUAACUGUGGUCUACCGAGUCAUACUGAAAGGAACUGAUGGAGAGGCAUACAGAGAUGCCACGGGCACAGCACAAGUGCAUGAGGGCCGCAGGGAAGACCCCGUUGCAGCUGCAGAGGAAGUAGCAUUCUGUAAAGCCUGUGCACGGUUUGGUUUUGGCCUGUACCUGUACCACCAGGACGAGACCCAUAGAGACGACGACAGCUUCCACUGAGGCUCAUUCCGCACCAGAGAUCCGGAGCUGGUUUCAAGUCAUAACGUGAGUUCGAAAUGCCCGGGAGAACUUGAUGUCUCGAGAAUUUUUUGCUCUUUGCGUAGUAUAAUACAACAGGCCGGCGUGCUUCCACCUGAAUGUGAAUGUAGAUACAUAGAAGCCUGUAACUUCAUAUGUUUGCUGCCUUUGCUGUUGAGUGAGUCGAUGGCUCGAUGCCAUCCUGCAAGAACUCGUCAAGCUAGGAAACCCAUAUUGAAAUUCUGUUGUUAUCUGAUUAUUGUAUACUUGUAUUCCCCCAUCUCGUGCAGUGCAAUGUAGGUGUAUUUGUUCUUCCUAGGUA